GCGGUGCUCUCCCUCCUCCUCCUCCUCCUGAGUAUUCCUGGCGGGCAGCGAUGGGCAAGCAGAAGAGACGCAACGCCUUCUUCUACUUUAUGAUGGCCAAGAAACCCGAGGUGGAGAAGCGGCUCAAGAGAAAGAUGGAGAUGGCCAAGCCGGUGACGGCGGAGUGGCAGGCACUCCCGGAGGAACAGUGGAAGAAGUACCAGCUGAUGACCGGAGAAAGCAGGGAGAGGCUGGACUGCCGAGGGGUGCCGCUGCGGUGCCUGGACGAGGCGGCCCAGGAGAAAAAGCACCAGGCUGAGGAGAUGAAGAGGGACAAUGCUGACUUGGUGGACAUGUCCCGGAUGUGCAAUGCGCUGCACCAGGCCAGCUUCAUCCUAGUCAGCACAAGCUAUUAUACCCACACUGACCACGGCCACUAUGUCACCGCUGAGCUGAGUCUGCUGCGCUUCAGCCAAAGGAACGGAAUCAUGAAGUUGUUUCACUGUGUUGUUGCGCCCAUCGUGCUGCCUCGGCCAGGAAGCACUCGCUGGAGACUCACACGCUGCUGGGUGACUCGGAGGGCUUGGGGAACAGCCUUGAGGAAACUGCCAAGAAUCUGAAGCAGCUCUUGUCCAAGGUGAGGUGUUAGUGACGGGGUGCAGGUCUCCCAUAGUUCCCAGUGCAGAGAAACGGUUUGAGGAGCCCAAAAAAGGUUGCGUUGAGGAGUACAAGGCAUAGGGUCCCCCUAACAUGAGACAGGUACUGAAGAAAUUCAGGCAAAAUGGAGGCGUAGCUUCAGUGAGAUUUAUCGCUCUGGGAGUGGCGGGACUUUGUGUGUGUGUGUGUGUGUGUGUGUGUGUGUGUGUGUGUGUGUGUGUGUGUGUGUGUGUGUGUUAGGGAGUCGGCUCCAGGGUGCAUUGUGAGGAAAGCCUGCAAAGGGCAGUGGGUUAGCCCCUUCACUACGGCCGGGCCAAAACAGCGCCCCGCGCCGUAACCGGGAUCGCCGCGCGCGCCAAAUUUCAAAUGUCGCUAUUGAAUGUAACAAGUUUUCAGCCACAAACUCAAAACAAUCAUCAUGUAUUAUAUAUGAGAACAUGCAUAAUUAAAUGGUGCACAUAAAGAAACUUAAAUUAAUUGAUAGUUUUGAGAUGUAAGCAUAAAUAUAGAGACAAAAUAACUCGUAUAUUAGUUAAAGCGAGCCUGGACGAAGUAUGCAAGUCCUCGGAUAUGGUACGGGGCACGCAAGGAUGCA